AUGGCCAGUAGCAAGAUGGAAGCCCUGCUGAAUGCGAUUAUGGAGGUGCCUCUGGAUGAAGGUGGCCUGGUGAGCAAGACCGUAUCUGCAUCCCUUCAGGAACUGGGACAGGUGGAUGCAGAAGGGGUGCUGAUGUUCUGCCGCAAGUACAUCAUCCACCAUCGGCGGCUGCCCUUGGUGCGCCGCACCGCACUGUUGAAGGCCAUGGCGCAGCUGGUGAGGGACAACAUUGACGACGUGGGCCGGGCGGCGGCAAAGAAGCUCAUCACCUUGGCUUCCAUCGAAAUGACCAAGACGAAGGAUGUGUCCGAUGAGCACCAGGAGGUCGCCAGCCAGCUGUUGCUGAACGUGGGCCACUGGUUCACCAAGGAGGCUUUUGACGAGCUGCUCUCGAUGUUUCAGCCGAAGAUGAGCCCCUUCUUUUUUGUGGUGCUGGCCCUCGCCAAUCUGUGCAAAGAGCACGUGCAUUUCAUGGUCCCCUUACUGAAACCUGUGCUCCACACUCUGCUGACAAUGCUUCCCACUGUCACGGACGAGAAAACCAAGUGGGUGUUUUGCUUUGCUUUGGGGAUUUUUAGCGAGAGCAUUCUGGCUUACCUCUUUGACAUAGAGGAGGCCCCGGACCCCACAGUGAAGAAGAACUUAUUCUUCCAGGAGUUCUCCGAGGCUUACGACAUCCUGUUCGACGUGUGGCUGCCCUUGAACGAGCAGAACGUGAGCACGGCGGUGAUCGAGACGCUGGGCCAGAUAACCCAUCUGAUCCCGUUUGACAAGUUGGAGAACGAGCUGCCUAGGUUACUCCCAGCUAUCAUGUCCAUGUACCAGGAAACCGCCAGCGAUUUCUGUGUCACACAGGGCCUGUAUGGAGUCCUGCACACUGCUGUGGAGAGGAACAGCGAGGAGCUCACGUUGCAAGUUGACAGCCUGCUGGUCAACCUGCACAAUCAGAUUUGCAUUGUGGCAGGGCAGACUGCUGACCCCUACUCUCAGAAGCAGCGGAAAGAGAUCCUGUGCUGCUUCAAGCUCCUGACGCCGUCCUUUACCUUCCAGAUCGUGGAGUUCCUCCUGCUGAAGCUGGAAAGUACCAACAACCAGAUCCGACUGGGAACGCUGUUGGUGCUGGAUCACCUCAUCAACAUGGUGCCGCUGUACAUGGCCAACCAAAAGAACCAGAUUCUGGCCAGUAUGAAGUUGCUGCUCUUGGCUAAUGACAACAGAGUGAAGGGACAGCUUGGCCAGGUCAUCUACACCAUGGCCCGGCACAAUUACCUCCAUUUGGAGGGAGGAAAGGAUAUGGUGGAGUUUGUCAUCCGACAGUGUGCUCUGCCUGCCGCAGAGGGCGAGAAUGCCACCGAGCACCUACUCAUUGCCGCUGACAAUGUGGUCACAGACUACGAUUUGCGGCGGUGGUGUGAGGAACUGAUGAAACUGCUGACGGCGUUACCCAUCGACAACGUUCUCUGGCCGUUUCUCUUUGAGUUUAUCAUCCCCGUGCGAUGCACCAACGCUUUGGCCACGGUUUGCAACUCCUUGGUCUCCCUGGCGAUGAAGAGACUGGAGUCUGGCUCAAUGGAGAGUUUUCUCAAUUACAGGGAGAAUCCCAACAUCCCUGGGCCUCAAGCGCUGCUAACCCGACUGCUGACUAUGGCGUCUUCAAUACAUGAGGGAAAAAGCAGGAGCGCUCCCGCUCUGAUCCUGCUGCAAGUCCUGGGCACGGAUAUCCACCCAGCGGCUCCUCAAGUCUGGGAAAAGGAGUUCCCAAUUCUGCUUGACUACCUUCAGGAAAAUUCCAGCAAGUCUGUGCUCCAGAGCCAAUGGGAAGAAAAGCUAGUGAAUGUUUUGUUUGAGACCCUGGAGUUGAUCGAGGAUGAGGAUUGGCUGUGCCAGCUUCUCAAGGAGCUGAUGAACCACCUUCACAGCCAUUAUAACUUUCCACAAGAGAAAGGCUUCGUCUAUAAGUGCUUGGGAGCAGUGCUGCAAAUGAUCUACAGUGAAGAUGCGGUGAAGAGGAAUCUCCAGGAGAUGCUUCAGACGGUGAGGCAUAACGAGGCAUUGGAGAAAGACGGCUUAGCCAUUGGGGUUGGUUACAGUGCUGUCACCCAUUUGGACAUGGUGCUGAACUUCCUGAAGGAGUUUGCAAAGCUGAAUAUUUUUAAGAAGACAGCAAGCUACUUUCAGAUCAUUAAGGACCAGGAGGAUAUUGAGAUAAUCAAAGUGAAAAGCACACUCAUCUCAUGCUAUGGGAAUAUCAUGUUGUGCUCUCCAAAGGACCUCACGCCAUCCAGAAUAGACAAUGAAAUUGUGGAGAAUGUCCUCAACCACUACAACAUCAAGAUCCUGGGAAUGAAGAUUGAGGUCAGGGACCUGAUGUUGAAGUUAAGUCUGAUCAAGACCGUGACUCAGUUAGCAGUAGCCUGCCAGCCUGACAAAAUGCCAGGCUACAGCUUCAGCAGAAAGGGAGAACUGCUGGCCUAUAUGCAAGAGCUCAUCAAGACUGAACCAACAGAGGCACUCUUGACCCCAGUCCGAAUGUGCGCCAUUAACGCUUGUAUGUCGCUCUUAAAACUGCAGCCCCAGUUUGGUGAAAGCAAGCAACUGGUUCAGACGUGCCUGAGCAGUGUCUUCAACUUGCCCCGGUUGGAGACGGAUGCCACCGAUGAGCACUCAAACCUGAGCUUGGCGGACAGGCAGGCAUUGUUUAAUGAGACCCUGGCCUCGCUGCUGGACUUCCUGAAGCAGCUCUUGCUUUGUGACCUUUCACCAGCUGGACUUCAGUCAGUGUUUGCCAGCCUGGAGACCUGGAUUCGGUGCCAGAAAGAGUACGCGCGGGAAAUGGCGAUGGAGACCACCUUACAGCUAUUGGUGUUUUACCUGGAACAAAUUGGCACCAAGGAGACAGUUCAAUCGCAUAGCUUGGGUGUCCUCAUUGGUCACAUGGUGCUCCGAUGCACAGAUCCAUCAUGUGUGGUAAGGGAGAGGGCUAUUGAAAGCUUAUACAUCCUACUUCACAUUCAGAUGCGCUUUGCGAGGGUGCCCGUAGAUCAGAAAGGCACAGAGGUGGAACACCUGAAAACCAUCAAAGUUGGGUUACAUCAGGGGAACUGCCAUUCCAUGUUUCGAGUCUGCACUGACGUCGGCAAAGUCCUUUCAAAUUGCAUGCCCCAUGAUGAGCUGUUGGGUUUGCUCUUCACCUUGUUCCCCGGUCUCACUGACAGUCAGUCCAAUGGCUCCCUCGCUGCCUCAAUUGUCACCAACAUCCUCAUUACAAAGCGUGGGGCCGGCCUGACCGACGUCCCAGAGAUUAUCAGAGCCCUCCACAAGGAGCUGCAGUCCAUCAGGCAGCCUCACAUAGCACGCAUGGGGGUACACUCCAUCUCCAACCUGGCAGCCCAGCAUGUGCCGGUCAUAUUGCCUUGCCUCUUGUGGUACCCCGUCCCAUUCGACAGGCACAUUUGUGACGUGUGGCGCUCCCUGCUCAAGGAUGACUCGGUUGCCGUGCCCUCCAUUAAGUACUUGUUGGACAAUUUGAAGCUUUUGUACGAAAGCAGCAAAGAGUCGCUUUUCUGCGACGUGACCAACUCAGAACCCCACCAACCUCAAGCUGUGAUCUGCGCUCUCCAUCAAAUGAUAUGUCACCAGGGCUCAGAUGCUGUGGUUGAGAUCCUUUACCCCCAGAUAUUCAGCACGGUUCUCAUUCACCUCAGUUCCAGUGUCCAGGCCCGAUUGCCUCGGGACAUUUUACGGUUCCAGGCGGAUAAGAAGUCCUUCACCCUCUCUCAUAAGCCAUGUCAUACCACGGCCUGCCAUUACUCCAUUGAGAUCCUGCAGGCACUCCUGGGGGAGGGGAAGGGGACCGUCACCGCCAUGGCUGGGAAAGGAGGCUGGGACCUGAUCAAACAGGCCGAGGUGCACCACGAGGGGGUGGCGCUGCUAGCCGGCACCAUGGCCAAUGUCGCAGCCCCCCACUUGAUCAGCAUCGUUGAGCUGCUGACCCCCGUCCUGGCGAAUGUCCACGAAUGCCAGAGGAUCACGGCGACCGCCUAUUUUGGGGAGCUCCUCAACCACCCGGUGGUGUGCGAGCUAAUGCUGACGGACACGCUGGUGGCCAGUCUGCUCCGGUGUCUGAUUGACGACUCGCCCACAGUCCAGUGGUUGGCGGUCAAGGGCCUGGGACACGCCAGGACCAGGGCCUCACCCAAGACGGAAAAGUAUGUGGUGAAGCUGCUACCCGCCAUGAUGUCCAUCAUGGAGCAGAACUGUAAGGCCGACACCCUCCUGACCGUCGAGGCGAUGGAGAGUGUCUCGAAGAUCUUGGAUAACCUGCACCAGGACUACACCGACGCCAUCCUCAUUGAGCUGGCUAUGGCGUUGCAGUCCUUCUUUGAAAGCCGACAGGAGAGGGUGAGGGCGGCCGCAGUUGGCGUGGUGGGCAAGCUGCUGCGGUUUGGCAGUAUGCAGAGGAACCCGGUGUAUCUGGAAUACAUCUACACGGCCCUGACCAGCCUGCUGCUUCACCUCAACGAGAAGCACGAGGAGGUCCGCCGGGCCUGCAAACACGUGCUGGCCCUGGCCGGUCCCUGGCUGCCGUCAGAGAGGAUGUGCCGGCACCUCCAGCAGCUCGGCUUCCAGGACACCGACCUGAACUACGAGAACUACCUGGAGGUGACCGCCCGCCUCAUGGCCGAGGAACUGCCCUCCAGGAUCUCCCAGUGUGUCAAGAGCUGCGCUGCCUUCUUCAAGAGCGGGCAGACAGAGAUGCGGGAGAAUGCCGUCACGUUUGCCAGCUUCCUUAUGCAUCAUGCCCCGGCUGGUUACCCUCAAUCGCCUGGCGCCAAUCAGAUGUGCAAGGAGAUCAUCGCCUUGCUGUCCGACCAUGUACAGAGUGUCCGCAUCAAAGUGAUGGCCGCAAUCCAGAGACUCUACAUGUACUGA